AUACGGAAAGCAAAGAACAUGAAGUAUGUGUAGAAUUAGAUAUAGUAUAUAAUACUGAUUACCUAGCUCUCAUGGUUAUAUUUCAGGCAGACUAUACCCGCACAAUUGUGAAAGAGAUACUGUAAAAUACUGUGUUCUUGACUUAUGUACAUAUACUGUGUUCUUGUCUUAUAUGUACUGUAUGUACUAUUUAAAAAACGAGCAGGAGUGUUUUAUUAGGUUUAAAGCCACGAGCGCGCAGCGCGAGUGGCUUUAGACCUAAUAAAACACGACCCGCGAGACUUCAAAAACGUAUGCAUAAUAAGUCAAUCGUUAUAUAAAAAUCUUUAUAUAAAAAUCUUUAUAUAAAAAUCUUUAUAUAGUUUACAUAACAAUGGUCUUUUGUUAAAGUGUUCUUUAGCUGGUAUAAAGACGUAUGCACGUGACUAAUUUCUUACUCAAGAUUGGAUAAUUGCUUCAUGAAUUAUUAAUGAGUUUUUUAACUAUAGAUAAUAGUAUGGUUUCGAGUGCAAUUUGGAAAAAGACAUGUACGAGUGAGUUUUUCAAAGACUAUCAAAAUUGCACGAAUCCAAAGGACGAGUGCAAUUUGAAGUCUUUGAAAAAUUCACGAGUGUAUGUUUUUUUUUUCAAAUUGGACGAGAAAACAUACUAUUCAGUAGCGUAGCCAGCCCAACGACUUAUCCCGCUAUGCAAAUAUUUUCGUGUUCAUUGACUGUGAAAACAUGCAAUAAAUUUCUAAGGAAAUGAAUAAUGAUAAUAAUUUUGAAUUUGCAUAGCGGGACUAAAUUGUCGGGCUGAUUACGCCACUGAUACUAUUAGUCUAUUACUUACUAAUACUAUACAUGAAACAAUUAUGCAGUUACGUGCGUAAGUCACAUUUAGAAAUUAAGAAAUACACCCUUUCGACAAUUACGUCAUUUGGCCUGAGAGCCUCGCUCUCAUGCAUGAAUCGUGAGCCAAUCACCUUGCGUAAUUUACUAAUCAGAGCGAGGUUCCAAGACCAAAAAGUAUGCCGGUGUGACGUAAUUAUCGAAAGGUGUAUUAAAAAAAUUAAGAAAUUUGCACUGUAUUUCAUUUUUGGGCACCGUAUUUCGAAAAAUUGCACUGCCCUUAGCCAAUAAGAAUUGAGAAAUUUUUUCAUGUAUAUUAUUAAUUACUAGAAACACGAAAUAUUUUCGAUAAAUUGUGGUUGGUUCCAUGAAUAUUUUUAUGAUCUCUGAUCGCUAUGUUCUUUACAGAGGUCAAUCCCAGACGACGUGACUACUCCAAAUGCUAGAAUAGAACCUGUUGUCCCAGAGCGACCACGCAAGCGAAAAAGACCUGCGGUUGAUAAUGUUCGAAAACUUACUGAUAAAAAAAUCAAGAGAAAUCAUUUGACUGUUAUGGACACCCUCAGAGAUCAAGUAAGGCCUAAGGGAGUAUAGAAAGUGUCAAUCUAGCUCGUACCCAGAGUCUGGGUACGAGAUUGAGAAGUGUCCGACCAUUCUCGUACCCAAGCCCUUCUUACGCGCGUUGCGACGAGGGAUUCUGGCCAAAUCCAUAUCCGAACUGGCAUCUGAUUGGCUAGUUCUAAUACCGGAUAUUGUUUUCUUGCCAUGUUUUUAUGGUAUCCGGUUAUGGAUUUGGCCAGAGCCCCUCGUCGCGCUCGGUCGAACGCGCGUAAGAAGGGCUCUGGGUACGAGAACGUUGUCCGACAAGGCAGUGAGCUCUCUAUAUAUAUAUCUGGAUCAAAAACGUCAGUCAUUCGGCCAAUGAGGAAAGUAAAACCAGGAUGGCAGAAUAUAUAAAAAUUUGCUAACAUUUGUUUACACAAUUCAACACUUUAGAGAACUCACAUGCCUAGUCAUUGUUCUAGUUCACAGUUCCUGUGAGAAUAAAACAAAGGUAAGGCGAGACUUUUUUUAUUCAUUGGUUUACGGAUCCGCCGACCGUAAAUAUUCAGAAAGUGAAAAAUAAAAAAAAAAUUUGGAUGUCAAAAAUUUUACAAUUUUAGUUAAUUUUAAUUAAUUUGGGGUUCUGACAUGAAGUACACUUCAAGUGAACUUUGACUCUAGGUACUGCUGGCUCAUGUUAUCGUUGUGACAAUCAAUAUGGAGAUUAGCCACGUUUUUGCGUUUUUUUUAAAUUGACGCUAAAAAUUUUUAUAAAGAUUAUUAAUUUCGGUUCUCAUUUAUACUCAGUUCGUUUUUUCUAAACAUUUUUUCCGACCUACCGACCUCUUAUUUUUAAAGUCAAAUCCGUAAACCAAUAAAUAAAAAAGUCUCGCCUAACAAAGCUUUAGAAUUAUUUACAUGAGUGAACGACUCUUAUACAUAAUUAUAAUGCUUAGUUAUUGGUUGCUUAUUUUGAAGAAAAAGAUAUAGAUAGAUAGAUUGUUUCAGGCCAUGUAAAUUAUAUUGACUGUCUAUGUUUCAACUAGUAUCCACUAUAAGGAUUUAGUAGCAUAGAUACAAUGUUACCCUUCGUUUCUAGUUAUGAAUAAAAAGAGCAAAUGAUAUACUUUUCUAGAUAAUUGAUGUACCAUUGCGACUAUCGGCACAGGAACUUCUUAAUAAUCCUUCACUGCCAGGUUUGUCAAUAUUCAAAUGAAAACACGGCGGCAAAAAUUAAACGGUCACUAAAUAAUGAAUGUUUCAUGAGGUGAAAGAUGGAAUGUUCCAUUUAACGAGGCGACAGCCGAGUUGAAUGGAACAUUCCAUCUUUCACCGAAUGAAAAUAUUCUUACCAUUGCACGAAUAAAAACAUUCAUUAUUUGUUUUAUAUAAUACUAAAAUAGACUAAUAGAUUCGUAUGAGAAGCAUUUUGACGGAUGCAAUUUAUCGAAAAUACAAAGAGUGCAAUGGAAUAAAACGUAUAGUACAAUUGCACUCGCAAAGAGUGCAAUGGAACGUAUUCCAUUGCACUCUUGGGAAAUGGAAUUUUCUAUUCAAUAUCACGUGACCAUAAACAGCCAAUUAAACGAUCAGAAUUCAAUAAGGUAUUAUAUAAUAUACAAAUAAUGAAUGUUUAUGAGUGCAAUGGUAAGAAUAUUUUCAUGAGGUGAAAGAUGGAAUGUUCCAUUCAACGAGGCGACAGCCGAGUUGAAUGGAACAUUCCAUCUUUCACCGAAUGAAAAUAUUCUUACCAUUGCACGAAGAAACAUUCAUUAUUUGUUUUAUAUAUACCAAAAUAGACUAAUAGAUUCGUAUGAGAAGCAUUUUGAGGGAUGCGAUUUAUCGAAAACACAAAGAGUGCAAUUGUACUAUACGUUUUAUUCCAUUGCACUCGCGGAGAGUGCAAUGGAACGUGUUCCAUUGCACUCUUAGGAAAUGGAAUUUUCUAUUCAAUAUCACGUGACCAUAAACAGCCAAUUAAAUGAUUAGAAUUUAAUAAGGUAUUAUAUAAAAACAAAUGGUGAUUGCCAGUGUCGAAGUUUAUUUAAAAGGCGAAUGAUUGUCUCUGACAACACCUCAGCACGAAGCAAGCGGCGAAGGGUUUUGGCAUCAAAGCGGUUGUUUAUGUCGUUGGGCGAGAAACUGCCCCCACAUAUCAUCAUGGGUAAAGCGAAUUUGAUGUAAAAACAACCAAGGCUGGUGACAAGAGUGUUCAUGUGGUUCUAAAUAUGUCCGAAGCUCAAGGUCCACAACAGCCACUUGAAAUCGCUCAGUGAGUCACAACAACAACACCUGAGACUACUCCUGCACUUCCGCAGAUAGCAAGUCGAGAAGCUGAGAUUCAAGUAGCUGUUAUGGACCAGAAACUUGUGUCCAAAACCCAGUACCAUGAGCUUUCCAUGAACAACUCCGAGAUGGUUCGUUCACAUAAAGUUGAUGCUGCAAAAAAAUGCAUGUCAUCCUGCAUCAAAGUGCAUAACUUCAAAGAUGGAGAAGAAGGUGUACCCAUUGAUGGUUCCUACCAAGACGUGAAGGAUAUACUUGACUAUCUAUUUGAGAUUCCAGAGUUUUGUGAGCAACUCCAAAACAUGGAGUCUCAUGGAGUUCUCCGCCUUCGGUUUGCUGGUGAUGGUGCCAGAACAUCGAGAAACAAAAAUACUGUUGUAUUAUUGUUUAAUAUUAUUGACGAGGGUACGUCAAAUGAGGAGUUCAUAAUCGAUACCAAUAUUUUUGGCAAAAUCUUUACAUGUCCCUGCUUGCAUGCGUAGGACUUGCUUACAGUAGGUUAAUGAUACAAGUACUGUAUAUUAUGUUAUAAGUUUCAGAGUGUCUAAUGAAUAUUUUCUUAUAUUUUUGUUGCAGAAAAUACAGCUAGCUUUCAAUACAAUUACCCAAUUGCCAUCUGUAAUGGGGAUGAGAAGUAUGACUUCCUGAAAAAAUCGCUGCAACCAAUUAUGGAUAGCAUGUAAAGGCUGCAAGAGAAUGGGUAAAUUUACUAUUUUGUUAUAAUUUUUCACUUUCUCCACAUAAUUUAUGAAGCAUUUUGCUUGUAUACUGUACAUGGUCAACCAAAACCAUACAGCAAGUGUUAGAUAAAUUAUAAUUGUGUGCUAUUUGACUCUUCAAAAAAAUCAAUAUAGUUCAUUCCCUGCAAUAAUUUUUAAUUCUAAGUAAAUGUUUUAAGAUAUACAGCCACAAGUGGACCUCUUACUGGUCAGAAGCUGAAAGUCGAGUGGUUCUUAUGUGCAGAUUGGAAAUUCCUUGCACUGUUAUUAGGGAUUAAUCCAGGUAAAAUAACUACAACUAGUGGUUAUGUUGGUAAAAUAACAGGCAUGGUCCGCCCUUUAUGAACUUUGACAAGGUGCAAAAUUUGUAUAUUUGGAUCGAUGUAAUGCAUAUUUUUUGCACAUUUUCUAAUUGUUAAUAGUAAUUACAUGUAUUCCAGAUGAUCUUGAUAUGCGGAAAAGUACUGGCACUAGUUGUCAAAUAGAAAUCCAUUUUAUGAUUAAAACAACUGAAUAUCUCCUGUAAUAUACUUUAUUUCGAUUCCAUAUUUUUGUCAGAGCUAUAGUUCUCAUAACCAAACAUAAUUACGAAAUUUCAACUAGUUUCAUAAAAAAUAACGAAAGAUAUAAUUGACUGAAUACAUCAAAAUGGAUUUCUAUUCGGACAACCCUUUCUGAGCGCUGAUUGGCUAAAAUACGAACACGAGAUCACCUGGUUAAUUUAAUAUUUAUUUAUUUAUUAGCUAACAAUAAAUACUUUUGCCUCUGGUGUCCAUCAGCUGGUGGAUAUCAAUCGACUGGAAUUUGAUGCAAUUCGGAACCGGUAUAGAAUACUUGUUGCCAACAUUCUGUUUGAUCAAUUCCCUGCUUUUGCAAUGUUCAGAAACUAUAUACCUGUGAGCACCAGCUGUGAGUAUCCAAAUGAGAUGGCAAGAAAGUCAGAAGUUUUGACAAUGCCUGUGGUGAUGAAAGACGAGAAGAAGUAUUCAGACUGUGUUGAUGUCUUGGAUCAACUGGAAAAGUGGACACAGGAGAUUUAUGCGGCAGCUAGACUAUGUUCCCCAGAACCUGAACCGUCAGAGGAUAUAACUCCCACAAUUGGAACCACAUCCAGACCUGACCAACCUGCUUCUCAUGUCCCACCUGUUACAUCUGACAGAGAUCCACUGCAUGGUGUGAAAAUCCCAUGCUUUGGUGAUCAACUCACCCGAGUUCGAUCUGCUGGGGCAAGAGACGUAAGAGCAUUCAGCAAAGCAGAGAUUGGAUCACUUAUAUCCUUUCUGUAUUGUUGACUGGCAUACUAAGAGAAUUUUUUUGAAGGUACAGUAUGCUUACCAGUUUCAAUGAGGGGGACAAUGGAGAGGUAUUCAAUACUGUAAAAAGGACCAGUAAAUUUUGUCAAUUAUUGCAAUUUUUCCCAUAAAAUACUGCAAAACUGUUUCUACUUCCAAAACAUAAUGACAUAAAUAACAUUGUUUAAUCAUAAAAUGUGCAUGUAAAUUGGGUGCAAAUAGUGUGUGUCUAUUUUAUAUCAACAGUAGUCUAGUACUGUAUAUUCACUGAUGUGAUUAUUGUGGCUAUUGUUCUUAGCCAAAUGUUACUCCAAAGAAGGUUAGAGGUUGUAAAACAUGUGCCUAAAAAGUAACUUAAAUCUUUGUGAAUAAGUUUGAGAUUUUAUUUACUUUCUAAUCACACGUGUUGCAACCUCUAGCCUUUAUUAUAUCCAUCCAUAGCUGACCUUGAUAACACAUUUUUAUGUUACUCCAAUAAAAUAAGGUUUACCCCCAUAAAAUGUACAAUAAGGUUAUUUAUUUGUUUAGACAAUUUUCAAAAACUGUACAAGAAUUCUGGCCGAGAAAAGGGGACACUUCGCUUCUUUAGAGAGAAGUUAAAUCGCAGAAAUGUGACUGUUGACGUUAAACACUAUGAGGACUGUGAGCAGCUGUUCUUCAGUGUUGGUAAGUGCUUUGUCAUUGAAGCCCUAUUGGAAUUUUUUCAAAUGGAUGAUGCAAAGUGCAAACCAACAGUGAAUGGUCCUCAUAGCAUUAACAUCUUCAACGAAGCCUACAGGAAGACCUACAUCAAGGAUAUUCUGGACCAGUUCCUCGACGAGGAGUUUAUUUUCCAUGAUGAAAAUAAGGUGGUGCAAGAUGGUGUUUGGUGCUACAGUGUCAACAUUGUUAAGUCUUAUGGUGCUUGCAGAUUUUAAGAAUGCUGUUUCCACUGGCAAUGGUGAAUACAUUUCAAUCCUAAGGAAGCAUUUCUUUGCAACACCUGGAUUUAAUGAAUUUUCAAUUGAAAUGCUGAUCAACAUCCUCCAGUGUGAGGUGUUAUUGUCGGAAGCUGAGGCUCAUUGCUGUAAGUGGGCUGCCACAGUUAACUGGAAAGGUGGUGUUGGUCGCAACAUUGAGAUCGACCUCUUUCAGGAAAACAGAAACUGCGAGAUGAAGAAGUUGAUCAGGUCGAUGGGUGCCAACAAGACGGAGAAAGCGAUUGAGAGAGCAAGCAAAGCAUCUGGAGGUGUCUCAAAGAUUGUGGAAGCGUUUGAGGAGGGUGUGAAUAUUUGCCCAAAAUCAGGGUCACACACCCACAAACAAUCUACUGAUGAGGAGAAAAUUAUUAGUGUGGACUUAAGAAGUUUAACGCCUUUUAGGGAAGAAGAGGGUUGA